UACGUUCGAGCAUCUCAAAGCGUUAUAUGCGGCGCAAAAGUCGGUUGUGUUGUGUGAUGUGUGCACUCUAAAGGCGUGAUUUCGUUGCCGUCAUUCUCAAGUAGAAACAUUUAACGCAAGUUGAGAAAUUAAAAAAAAAAAUACUUGUAUUACGAUAAGCAAUAUUAUAUUAUAAAAAAUCAUUAAAAAACCAAAUACCGUUAUUUAAAUGCCGCGCUUUAAGUGCUCACGUAUUUGAUAAAGUGUUAAUUAGUAAGAAGAAGAACGCGGCAGUUUGAUAAUAUCACCGGAAUAUGGUCACCCUAAUGCCAUACAGUUACUCUGCACCGAGAUGUGGGCUAAUUGAAAAAAUGAUUGAACCUAAGGUCAAACGUCCCAAAACAGAGCACACGGAUACAAAUGAACGAAAUCGCCUUUGUUCUCAAACCACUGCUCAAUCGCCGCAUCAUCAGCAGCAACAGCAACAUCAACAACAACAACAGUCACAGCAGCCUCAACACCAUACUUCACAACUUCAUCCUCACUCCCUGCCACAUACACAGUCGCCGCUGGGCGGAGCUGGCGCCGCUUCCUCCGCUACGUCCGGUCAAUGCAGCCCACUGACGCUGCCACCACAAUCACAGCCGCUGCAACCAACAAUCACUUCGCUGGCGUCACUCAGCGGCCACUACAAUGCGGCGCCCAACCUGAAUUCAAGCUGCAGCCUAUCAACCGGACUAAGCGCCUACCCUUCACUUAACUCAGCUGCUGCCGCUUCAUUCACGCAGUCGCCCGGCAGUAGUUUCUCCACAUAUCAGCAUCCACACGCGACGGCUGAAGGGGCAUCGAGCGGAGUCGAUGCUACAACAGGUCUAAGUAAUGCGGGAGCUACAGGCGCGGGACGACAUGGCGACUUAGGUGUUGGUGUGGCUGGCAGCGGUGGCGUGGGAAUGUCGCACUGGCUGCCAACUGAAACGCAUUUGACAUCUGUAAAGUCGGAGAAUCGCAGUCCGGGUCUAAAUAAUAGCGGCGGCAGUGGUGGCACAUCUAAUGUGAAUGCUGGCGGCGCUGGGAUUGAGACGCAGUCUGGGCUGGGCGGUAGCAACGCUGCACAGUUGGAUGGCGGUAGCGUAAUGACGGGCAAUGGUGGCGUGCCAGCCAACAGCUCUAUCUACAGUUGCUCAUCGGUCGGUGUCAGCGGUUUGAGUGGCAUGGAGAACAGUGUGGCGGGUAUUGGUACAAACUCCUCCUCCAGCGCUGCCAUGGCGGCGGUGAAUUCAUCAGCUGCAGCAGCAGCUGCGGCGGCCGCAUACGACACCAGCAAACACGAUUAUUACAAUUACUAUAACAGCAUGCAACAGUAUACGCCACCCUUCUACUCCACCUACGGCACACCCUACACAACGGCUGCGGCGCGUGCCGCUACCAAAAUUGAACCCAGUUCGCCGUACUUAACUUCAUCGUACGCCACUGCGGCAAGCAACAACAAUUCCUCACAGCUCUACCCGACCGCUUACGGCUACAACAAUUUCGCGCAAUUCGGCACUGCAGCAGCAGCGGCGGCGCAACAGGACUAUAGUGGCUACUACAACGAUCAGUACGGCAACUACUACAACCCAGCCAGCUACUCACCAUACGCCGCCGUCAGCUCGCCCAGUUCCAGUGCUGCCAGUCAUGGCUUUCAUGUGGGCGCUUCCAAUUUGUCCGAGAGUCCCACAGACACGCACUCGACCACACCGGUGUUGCAUGCCACACAUUCACCGCAUUCGCCGCUGCCGAUCUCACCAAAUGCUGCCGCGGCAACGCUUAGCACAAACUCCACGGCGGCCGCGUCGGCGGCACAUGCCAAGAGCACGCCCACCAGCAAGAGUGGGCGCUCGCGUGGAAGACGCCAUCAGCAGCCGAGUCCAACGCGCAGCACCACAUCAGACACACCGAACAGUGAUGCAGCCAAGCCGCCAGAACGCGUCUUUAUCUGGGAUCUGGAUGAGACGAUCAUCAUUUUCCAUACGCUACUCUCCGGUUCCUUCGCCAAUCGCUACACCAAAGACCAAAGCACGUUGCUGACGAUCGCCUUCCGCAUGGAGGAGAUGGUCUUCAACAUGGCCGACACACAUUUCUUCUUCAACGAAAUCGAGGAAUGUGAUCAGGUGCACAUCGAUGAUGUGUCCUCCGACGACAACGGGCAGGAUCUGAGCAAUUACAAUUUCGCGACGGACGGUUUUCAUUCCGGUGCGCCACCUGGCGCUCCGCCAAAUCUCUGCCUGCCGACCGGCGUGCGUGGCGGCGUCGAUUGGAUGCGCAAACUGGCGUUCAGAUAUCGCAAAAUCAAGGAGAUCUACAACACCUACAGGGGAAAUGUUGGCGGCCUGUUGGGUCCCGAGAAGCGCGACGCAUGGCUGCAAAUACGCUCGGACAUCGAGAUGGCCACCGACAAUUGGGCCUCGCUGGCCACCAAGUGUCUGAAUAUGAUUGCGCAACGCGAGAAUUGCGUGAAUGUGUUGGUGACGCAGACACAGCUGGCGCCCGCCUUGGCAAAAGUACUGCUCUUCGGGCUCGGCGGCAUCUUUUCCAUUGAAAAUAUCUACAGCGCACACAAGAUCGGCCACGACACCUGCUUCGAGCGCAUUAUGACGCGUUUCGGGCGCAAGGGCACCUACGUCGUGAUCGGCGAUGGCACGGAGGAGGAGAACGCGGCGAAGACGUACAAUUUCCCCUUCUGGCGCAUAUCGUCGCACAGUGAUAUACGCGCGCUCUACACGGCGCUCGACAUGGGUUUCUUAUGAAAGACGCGCAGCUGCUGCUGGGUAUAUUGCGCGACAAUUACACUGUAAAAAAUAUGAGUUAAAUGAUGACUAAUCUAAUAUUAACAUUGCUUAACUACUUAACUAAGCGAAAAUCUCUUGCAUGUAAAUUAAAUAUUAUUGUAGCUAAGCAAAUGUACGCACUAAAGAUUAAAAGACUUAAUCAUUGUAUUUAGUAAAAGUAAAGUAUAACUAUUAAAUAAAUUAAUAAAUAAAAUAAACUAAAAUAACAAUGAAAUUUUGAAAACAGAGAAAAAAAGUUUAUUUGUUGCCUAAAUGCGUCUCGAACAGACAAAACUUAGAGAAAGUGUGAAAAAAUUUCUCUUCUAAGUUGUAUUAUAUUUAUUGAAAUUAUGCCUACACAAAACUUCCUAGCCUAAGCUAAGUCUACAGUUUAACUAAAAUAGUAAUAAAAUUAUUUUUAAUGUCAAUAUUUUGUUGUUAAUUCAACUACUUAAAACGUCUAUGAUAUUGGGUCGUUCACCAAGUAAUUUCGUUUGAUGACAACAGCUGAACUUAUCGAGUUUGUGCCGCAGCCAACUUCGCACUUAAACGAUAUAACGUUAAAUAUUUGAACAGCUGAUAUAGCAAAGUUUGUGUGCAAAGAAAUUUAAUAAAUUUGUUGAUAUAGUUUUUGUUUUGAAUUUUGAAGAUUGAAGUUCGAUAUCAACAUUAUUGGCAUAUUUUCCACUUUUACUAUAAAAAAAUGUUAAAAUGCAGUUCAAGCAAUGCGAAAAUUAUAUGAUGUGUACGGAACGCCAAUGGUGUUGAUUGAAUGCCAAGGCCAAAAUUGGUUUGCAAAAUUUCGAUCCGCCAAAUAUCGAUCUUGAAUGAUCUUAUGUUAUCAACAACGACUUUAAACCGUCUUCCGGGACGAGGUUGCCGUGUUGGCAGGUCUUUAGAAGCUGUUGUUGGUAACAUAGUCGUUAGUUGACGCAAAUCGUCGAAUAAAUACUCGAGAGAUUACUGAAAAAUUCAAUUUGUCAAAUUACUUAGUGAACCAACCAAUAAUUCAAAAAUAUUUGAAUCAAUUCCAAAUAUUUGUAACGAUCUGGCAAUGAUAAUCAAAUACCUAUAACAAAAUUCAUAGCUCAAAGCACAGUUGACCUGUUUUCAUUUCAAAAACCUGAAUGACGUCUUUUCACCCGGAGCCAAGAAUUAAAAAAAAAUAGAAUAAUCCAAAAAUAAUUCAAACAAUGUUUGUUUUAGAAUGCUUUUAGACGAUUUUUUUAAAGUGUGUUACUUGAGCGAGUGUUUUUUCUUACGAAAAUAUCUUUAAUCCAAUCUUACCAUUUUUUCUUGAAUUUCUUGUUUACGUUUUGAUGAUUCUGUGUGAUUGGUAACCUAUUAGUCAGUUAUCACUCAAGAAACAUAUUUUUUCUUGACGUUUAUAAAAAAUAUAAACUUAUAAUAUUUGCUAGAAAUGUCAGUUGUAAAAUUUCAACGUUACAUAAGUACUUAGCGGUGGGAAGUAACAAAACAUUCAAUUAAGUACAUAAUAACCAAUCUGUAUAAAUGCAUAUUCAGGCUAAAUCAAAUUUAAUAAUUAAUAAAAUAAUAUUAUAAUAUUAAAUUUCUAAAAUUAUUAAUAUAGUAUUUUAAAGUUGAUCCAAUUAGUUUAUAAAGUAGCAAUGACAAUUUUCUGGAAAAAAUUAUAACAAAAUAAAAUAAAAUGCACUAAAUUAUAUGAA